AACAGACUUUAGUACUUAGAUAAUCUUUGCCAUGGACAGUAUAAUAUUCAGUGUUAACGGUAGGAAAUGCUCUGUGGGUGCUGUAGACUCGGACGUCUCUCUGAAUGACUACCUCCGUAAUGAAUUACAUCUCCGUGGUACUAAGUAUAUGUGUAAGGAAGGUGGUUGUGGAGCUUGUAUCGUUGCUGUUACCAAUGUCGACAACUUCGGUAACAAACGAACGUUCUCUGUUAACUCUUGUUUAGUAUCGAUAACAUCGUGCGAAGGCUGGAAGGUGACGACAGUAGAAGGAGUUGGCGGUAGGGGGCGCUACCAUCCCGUACAGAAGACGCUGGCAGAGUACAACGGCAGUCAAUGCGGGUACUGCAGUCCUGGAUGGGUUAUGAGUAUGUACAGUCUACUAGAAGCAAAGGAUUAUAAACUAACAAAAGAGGAUAUAGAGAAAUCAUUCGGCAGUAAUACAUGUCGUUGCACCGGAUAUCGUCCGAUCCUUGAUGCUUUUAAGAGUUUCGCCAAUUUACCUGAUAUCGAAGACUUGAGUCUUUGUAAAGGUAGAGCGUGUCGCAGUAAAUGUGAUGAUUGGUGUAUUAUAAAUGUGUUUGAUGGUAAAAUGAAAAAGAUUGAACUAAAAGAUGAUCAUAUUUGGUAUAAAGUAUAUAAAUUAAUUGAUGUUUUCGAAGUAUUUAAAACUGAAGGGAUUGUUUCUUAUAUGUUAAUCAACGGUAAUACAGGAAAAGGUGUUUUUCCCAUAUUAAUGUAUCCAAAAAUAUUAAUUGACAUCAGUUCUAUAGACGUAUUGAACACUUAUUACAUAGAUCAGAACCUUGUAUUAGGAGCUGGAAUGACAUUAACAGAUGUUAUGAAUCUAUUCAAAGAGAUAUCUGAAAAGAGAGAAGAAUUUUUAUAUCUGAAGAAAAUGUAUGAACAUUUAGAAUUAGUAGCCCAUAUACCUGUUAGAAAUAUCGGAACUAUAGGAGGCAAUUUGAUGAUAAAACAUAAACAGUCAACAUUUCCUUCAGAUAUAUUUUUAUUAUUUGAAGCGGUUGGUGCAACAGUGACAAUUAGUAAGUCAGAAAAUGACCAGCACAGUGUUGAAAUGGAUUUACAGAAAUUCUUAGCAACGGAUAUGAAUAGAAAGAUUUUGACAGAAAUAAAGUUACCCCCACUAUCGCUGGAUUAUAAUUUCGUAUCUUUUAAGGUUAUGCCGCGAUCACAAAGUGCGCCUGCGCAAAUCAACGCAGCAUUUCUUUACGAAUUAGACGGAGACAAAGAAACAGUUCUAUCUGCGAGUAUAGUUAUCGGAGGUCUGUCUGAUAAAUUUAUACAUGCUGAUAAAACGGAAGGUUAUUUACGUGAAAAGAAAUUGUUUACAAACGAAACAUUGCAAGGAGCCCUUAAAGUACUUGGUAAUGAAAUUAUUGUGAAUAAAAUAAAAGGACAUUCAAAACCGGAAUAUAGAAAGAAAUGUGCUUUAGGAUUAUUUUAUAAGGGAUUACUAACUCUAAUACCAGAAGAUAAAUUGAAUCCACGCUACCGCUCGGGUGCGAAAGACUUAAGAAAAUCUCGUCCACUAUCAAAAGGUUCCGAAGUAUAUGAUACAAAUCCCAUACUUUGGCCAUUGAAUGAACCGAUGCCGAAGUUAGAAUCACUUGUACAAUGUUCUGGUGAAGCUUUGUACUGCAACGAUGUAACGACUGAAUCAAAUGAAUUAUUCUGUGCGUUUGUUACUGCGGAUGUUUGUGGAGGAGAGAUUGAAAGUAUCGAUGCUAGUGAUGCUUUGAAAUUGCCCGGUGUUUUAUCAUUCUAUUCCGCGAAAGAUAUACCCGGUGAGAAUUCAUUUCUCCCAAAGAAAGUACCAGGAAUGUUGAUCACGGAAGAGAUUCUAUGUGAAAAAUACGUCAAAUAUUACGAUCAACCGAUAGGUAUAAUAGUUGCGGAAUCAGAGAAACUAGCAAACAAAGCAGUUAAAUUAGUUAAAGCAAAAUACAAAGAUGUUAGAACUGAACCAAUAUUGACAAUAGCUGAUGCUAUUGAAAAAGAACCUGAUCGUGUUUCGUUAUUAAUGUUCUAUCCUGCAAGAGGUAGAGGUUUGAAUGUAAAGAAGAUUAUAAAAGGAGCACAGAGUAUUUAUUGGCAGUACCAUUACCAUAUGGAGACACAAACUUGCGUAACAAAGUGCAGUGAGGAUGGCAUAGAUGUUUAUCCAGCCAGUCAAUGGCCUAAUCAAAUUCAUAUUGCUAUAUCUGAAAUGCUGAUUAACAUCACAAUACCUCGUUGCGGAGGAUCGUAUGGUGCUAAGAUAACUCGAAAUGGUCUCGUUGCGUGCGCGUGUGCUCUGGUCACACAUCUGCAGGGACGCUCGUGUCGCUUUGUAAUGAGUAUGGACGCUAACAUGAGAGUCAUGGGGAAGCGGUUGCCGUACACUUUGGAAUAUGAGAUGGGUGUUGACAAGGCUGGUGAAAUCCAAUACAUGAAAUACCAACUGUAUGAAGACCAUGGGUACAUCGUCAGUGAUACUGUCACAUUGUUUGGUAUCGCCGCCAUCAAGAACUGCUACAACAACACCAGAUGGCAGUACAAACUGUACACUGUUACCACUGACACUGCCUCUAAUACCUACGCGAGAUCACCAGGUGCACUAGAAACUAUAGCUAUGACAGAACAUUUAAUGGAGAGAAUAUCUUACGAACUAAAUCUAGAUCCAUUACAAGUACGUUUAAAGAAUUUAAAUCCAUUACUAACAGAUGUGGUAGACAUUGUUAAAAAUCUAAUCGAAGAAAGUGAAUACGAGAAACGUAAAGAAGAUAUAGAGACAUUCAAUAAGAACAAUCGCUGGAAGAAACGGGGUUUAAGAGUUGCUUUGAUGAGUUGGCCGGCUGGCACUAUCAUGGACUAUCAUAUACUCAUCACAGUCUAUCACGGUGAUGGUACUGUAGUUGUUAAACACGGUGGAAUUGAAAUAGGUCAAGGAAUUAACACAAAAGUAGCUCAAGCGGUCGCAUAUACUUUAAACAUAUCUUUGAACAAAGUCAAGGUUAAAUCGUAUGAUGUUAUUUCAAAUCCGAAUUGUUCAACAACUGGUAGUAGUCGAACAACGCAUGCGAUCUGCUUUGGAGCUAUAAAAGCCUGUCAAAUAAUUUUAGACAGAUUGUCUACUAUCAGAGAUAAAUUAAAUAAUCCAAUUUGGGAAUUACUGAUUCAAGCUGCGUUUACAGCCGGUAUUAAUCUUCAAGCUAGUUAUAGAGUAACACCGAAUGAUGAAGAGAUCCACAGAUCGGCUGGUGCGGUUGUCACUGAAGUAGAAUUGGAUAUUCUAACAGGGGAACAUGAAAUUUUGAGAGUGGACAUAAUGGAAGACGUGGGAUUGAGUUUAAAUCCAGAAAUCGAUGUCGGUCAGAUAGAAGGAGCGUUUGUAAUGGGAUUAGGUUACUGGACGUGUGAACAACAAAUCUACGAUGAAAAAACCGGAGAAUUACUAACAACUCGUUCAUGGAACUACCACGUGCCGUUAGCUAGAGACAUACCUAUUGACUUUAGAGUGAAAUUGCGAAGAAAUAGUGUCAAUCCAAUUGGUACUUUGGGUGCUAGAGCUGUAGGCGAGCCUCCGAUGUGUCUCGCGGUGAGUGUUGCGUUUGCUUUACGUGAAGCCAUUGCUGCCUCUCGUGCAGACACUGGCUUCUUGAAGAAUCAAUGGUUUGACGUUGAUGGACCUUACACGUUGGAAACGAACGUCCUCAAGUCAGAUGUACGCAUUGAUGAAUUCCGGUUCUACUGAUAAUUUACUUUUAAAACAUUCUAU